AGAUGCUGCCGAAAAUUCGCAUGAUAGGGUAUGCUGACGACCUUGCGAUGCUAGUAGACUCUUGGCAUACGGAAUCACGAGAAUUACCAUAUGGAUGGACAAAAAUGGCUUGAAAUUGGCUCCUGAGAAGACGGAAGUAGUCAUACUUUCUGGCAUUCAGAAGCUGACUUCAUUAGUUGUUAAGGUCUUCUUCGCUGUCAGAAUGACUGAAGCAGUCUCAACUACUAAAAGACUGGUAAAUAUGAGAAGUAAAUAGUGACACAGAUUUGGAUGUGAUUUAAUGAAAAAAAUGCAAAGUUACAAGUCAAAUCUCAGUAGAAUGAAGGAAAUGUUAAAUUGAAUUUGGGCAAAAUUUUUAAUUAAAGCCCAGUGCAGGCUAUCGAAGAAGAUCACUAAAUUAGGGUUUGACAGUUAUUUAUCAAGAACCUAAAGAGAGAUUUUAAUAAAAUAAUGACAAGUCUUUGGGAUAAGAAAAUUUAGAGAAGUUUUAGGCUCAGUUACUGAAAAAUGUUCUGAUAGAGAAGCUGGCAAAAAAUAUAUGGAUCCUGAAAUUAUUCAAAACAGUAGUGUUGUUAACUCGUUUAUUACACGUUACUUGUGAAUAUUGAACUUGAUUCCAUUACUCGAACGAUGCAAAUGGCAAACAGUA